UAACUCUCGGCAUAGUAUUUGUUGUGUUGUGGUCAUUUGAAUUCAAUCAGUGAGAACACUUUUUUCGUGAGAAUCAAACACAUUGAAGAACGACAUAGAAAUCGUGUUAUAAAGCAAAUGACGAAGGCCGAGGUGCAGAGGACAUUAAACUUGAGUUGUUGUAUUUUCUGUGCUUGACUAUAACAUAUGUACGUCAAGCCGAUAUUCAACAGUUGGACAUUUGGUUUUAUGCCAAUUCAAUUUUUUUUUCUGCUCCCUACUUCGUUUAUUUUUUUUAUUUUAUUUGUGUUACCCUUUUGAAAAAUUUCUUCGUUUCCAAAUUUUUAAAGUUGAUUUUAAAAAGAUGUAAACAGGAACGACAAGUGAGAAAAAAAGAAGAAUUUCAAUAACGCUAACAGCUUUUAUUGCAUACAUUUUUCUUGUUUAUUAUCAAAAUGUGUUAAAUGUGAACGAAAAAGUAAAUUGUGCGAAAAAGUGAAACACAAAAAAGAAACGAAUUUCCAGAGAGCCGUCGUUACGUUUGUAAAAAUGGCGCAACCGCCACCAGAUCAAAAUUUCUAUCAUCCACACCCGCAUCCGCAUGCGCAUCCACAUCCUCAUCCCCAGUUGCAAUUGCCGCCACAGUUUCGGAAUCCAUUUGAUUUGCUUUUUGACGAACGUACUGGUGCAAUCAACUAUAAUUAUAUACGUCCCUACAUACCCAACCAACUUCCCAAACCAGAUGACCUUUCGGAUACCCUGGUUAUGCGCCGUCCUAGGCGCACCCGUACCACAUUUACUAGUGCACAGAUUGCUGAAUUGGAACAACAUUUCCUGCAAGGUCGUUAUCUGACUUCAUCACGGCUGGCUGAACUCUCAGCCAAGCUGGCAUUGGGUACUGCACAGGUGAAGAUUUGGUUUAAAAAUCGAAGACGACGUCACAAAAUUCAAUCGGAUCAACAAAAGGAAUUCUCCUGUGAUGGUAUGCCCAUGUCACCAUCUGUUUCCACUAGUAUCAAGACGGAAGCACAUGGUAGUGCCGGUAGUUGUGGCAGCAACAACAGCAAUGGAUCCAGCACAUCCUCAUCGUCUUCAGGUGGCCCUCCCAGUUUACAAUCGUUAAAUUUGAAUGGCAAUGGAACAACGACUCCAAAUACUUUAACGCCAUCCCCAACGCCGACAACCCCAACUACAAAUCUCAUGGAUCACUAUGGCGAAUCGGCCUUUAAUCCAUACUACUACAACAAUCAUCAUGCAUCGCAUUCAUCACAUCACCAUAAUCAUCAUCAUCAUCAUCAUGGUCAUCACUCCCAUGCCUCAUUGAGUCAUCCGUAUACCGCUACGGCCAAUGCUGCCGGAGCUCAAUACUAUCCGCCACCACCUCCACCCAGCAGUCUGCAACAUCAUCAGCAUCAACACCAACAACAAUAUCACAGUCCACAUCCCCAUCAAUUUCAGAUGCAACACAAACCCCAGACGACAGUGAUCAAAGAAGACCCCGAUUAUAAUUUCAAUAAUCCCUACUACAUGCGUAUGCCAUCAGUGGCUGGGCGUGGUAAUUCAGCAGGAUCGACGACGGUGGAGGCAUCUAGUGCUAUGUCACCGAAUUCUGAAGUCUACGAACCACUAACCCCCAAAAAUGAUGACAAUGCCAGCCUGUGUAAUGGCGCUGGAGGAGCUAAUAAUGUCGAUGUUGGUGACGAUCUGGAUGAGACCAAGACAAAAUUACGGGUUAUUGUAUCCAGUAAUGCAAACCGUACUGACGAUGGUUGUGGCAAUACCAAUUCAAUCGGCAACGAAACUUCCGGCUCCACAGCGGCCAUUAGCAUCAUGGAGGAAUGUACUGGGGCCUUUGCCAAAUAUCAAAAAAUGACUUCCGGUGAUCCCAAUGAUCCCAACUAUCAGUGUACGAUGGAUACGAUAAUGCAUGCGUAUACUAAUCAUCGUAGUACAUCUACUAAUAAUCAACAAUUUGCCUAUUGUUUUAAUUAAUCGGUCCAAGAAUCGAUACAUCAAUAACUGAUUGAUGUCUAACUGGCUGUGAUCCGCGGAAAGGCGAAUUAGAACUAAAACCUUAAUAUCUGUUGUUCCUUGAUUGUACAAAGUUCCAAACACAAUUGUUAUAUAGCAUUUUGUUAAUCUACCUAUAGUCUAUAAGUGAUUGUAUGUAAGUUUGUUUGUAAUGUUUCUUCUACUUUUAAGUUUUAAGCUAAUUUUUUGUAUUGUUUUAGACAAUUUCAAAGGUGUGCACUUUGUUUCAAAAAAAAAAAAAAAAAAUAGUCAUAUCCAUCCAUCCAUAGUUUAAGAUAUGUUUUUCUUUAAGUUUCCAAACUCAACCGAAAAUUGCUCUAAUUUCGAUUCGUUAUUCAUUCAGCAGAGCUGCAAAUUCCAGAGCCCAUGAAUUUGCACCACUGCCCACAGUGAAUGUAUGGGCUCGAAUUUAAGUUAUGGCAAUUUUCGUUUUAAUCUUUUGUUCUUCUUUACAAUAAGUCAUAGUCACUAAGUUUUCUUUUU